AUGGAUAAAGUUUUUGCCUUGAAUUCAACCAAAAACAGUUCAGUGGAAAACAACACACAUGGACCAAGAACAAUUGUAAAGGAUGGAUAUGAUUUAGAUGUUUAUGGACUAGACACAGAAUGGUUUCUUUUCAUCCACAUUCCUGCCCUGAGUUGUAUCUUUCUCAGUCUUUUUAGUGCGUGUGCUGUCAUCAUUGCGUCAUUCCGGAGUCAGAAGCGAUCUUUUUUUUCCUGGAUGCGAUGUGAGCGUUUCGUCGUUUACUUGUCUUUGUGUGACGCACUUUUCAAUCUGACACACAGCAUGGAUCAUCUUCAAAUGCUAAUCACUAAAGAACACGUGUAUCCCAGAGAGUUGUGUGAGUUUUAUGCCUUCUUCCUAUGUGGACUUGUAGCUGAGCAGCUUCUUAUGACCAAUGUCGCAGCAAUUAACGCCUUUGGACUCAUUUAUCUACAGAAGCAGUUUGAAUUUGGCAAAUACGACUGGAAGCUUCUUCUAUACACAUUCGGAGUACCUUUUGUGAUGUCAAUGUGUGCAGUCAAUUUAGGAUAUUAUGGACCCUCAGGAUCUUAUUGUGCAUUUGAUGCAGUAAAAGGGGCACUUGCCAGCAUAUUCUUUUUUACUGUUCCGAUAACUGCUGUCUUAGUUGUGAACGUGGUGCUCUAUAUCCUAACAUGGUGGAAAAUCCACGUGGAAUCCAAGCAGAUUAAGGCCAUGCUUGGAACAAAAGCACAGACACUGCGUGCUUCUCACAAUGCAGCCAAAUUGAUGAGUCUCUUUGUAACUGUCUUUUUUAUCCAGUGGUGGGCCCUCGGAAUUGUUAGUAUAUGGCAAAACUUUUCAAAGGUGCCACAAGAAUUUUUUACUGUGAUUGUCAUAUUUACUAACCUUGGUGGUGUUUUGAACGGGGCUGUGUAUAUCAUCAUCAAAAGACGAAGAAAUCGGAAUAAGGAUUCUAAAGCGCCUAAAAUUCCCGAUCAGAAAUCUCAAGACUCAGGAGUAGGAACUAUCAAUGCUAGUUAUUCAGCUGAAGACACAAGAAUGUAA